GAGCCGGGCCGGGCUCCCGUUUGGGCUGAUGCGCCGGGAGCUGGCAUGCGAAGGCUACCCCAUUGAGCUGCGGUGCCCGGGCAGUGACGUCAUCAUGGUGGAGAACGCCAACUACGGGCGCACGGAUGACAAGAUCUGCGAUGCUGACCCUUUCCAGAUGGAGAAUGUGCAGUGCUACCUGCCGGAUGCCUUCAAGAUCAUGUCACAGAGGUGCAACAACCGCACCCAGUGCGUGGUGGUUGCCGGCUCUGACGCCUUUCCGGACCCCUGUCCUGGGACCUACAAGUACCUGGAGGUGCAGUACGACUGUGUCCCCUACAAAGUGGAGCAGAAAGUCUUCGUGUGCCCAGGGACCCUGCAGAAGGUACUGGAGCCCACCUCGACGCACGAGUCGGAGCACCAGUCCGGCGCAUGGUGCAAGGACCCGCUGCAGGCAGGCGACCGCAUCUACGUGAUGCCCUGGAUCCCCUACCGCACGGACACGCUGACCGAGUACGCCUCGUGGGAGGACUACGUGGCCGCGCGUCACACCACCACCUACCGCCUGCCCAACCGCGUGGACGGCACAGGCUUCGUGGUCUACGACGGCGCCGUCUUCUACAACAAAGAGCGCACGCGCAACAUCGUCAAGUAUGAUCUGCGGACGCGCAUCAAGAGUGGGGAGACGGUCAUCAACACGGCCAACUACCAUGACACCUCGCCCUACCGCUGGGGCGGCAAGACGGACAUCGACCUGGCGGUGGACGAGAACGGGCUGUGGGUCAUCUACGCCACCGAGGGCAACAACGGGCGGCUGGUGGUGAGCCAGCUCAACCCCUACACGCUGCGCUUCGAGGGCACGUGGGAAACCGGCUACGACAAGCGCUCGGCCUCCAACGCCUUCAUGGUGUGCGGGGUGCUCUACGUGCUGCGCUCCGUCUAUGUGGACGACGACAGCGAAGCGGCCGGCAACCGCGUGGACUACGCCUUCAACACCAACGCCAACCGCGAGGAGCCGGUCAGCCUGGCCUUCCCCAACCCCUACCAGUUCAUCUCCUCCGUCGACUACAACCCUCGCGACAACCAGCUCUAUGUCUGGAACAACUAUUUCGUGGUGCGCUACAGCCUGGAGUUCGGGCCGCCCGACCCCAGUGCUGGCCCAGCCACUUCCCCGCCCCUCAGCACGACCACCACGGCCCGGCCCACGCCCCUCACCAGCACGGCCUCACCCGCAGCCACCACUCCGCUCCGCCGGGCGCCCCUCACCACGCACCCCGUGGGUGCCAUCAACCAGCUGGGGCCCGACCUGCCUCCGGCCACAGCCCCAGCCCCCAGCACCCGGCGGCCCCCAGCCCCCAACCUUCAUGUGUCCCCGGAGCUCUUCUGUGAGCCCCGAGAGGUACGGCGGGUCCAGUGGCCGGCCACCCAGCAGGGCAUGCUGGUGGAGAGGCCCUGCCCCAAGGGGACCCGAGGAAUUGCCUCCUUCCAGUGUCUACCAGCCCUGGGGCUCUGGAAUCCCCGGGGCCCUGACCUCAGCAACUGCACCUCCCCCUGGGUCAACCAGGUGGCCCAGAAGAUCAAGAGCGGGGAGAACGCAGCCAACAUAGCCAGCGAGCUGGCCCGCCACACCCGGGGCUCCAUCUAUGCGGGGGAUGUCUCUUCCUCCGUGAAGCUGAUGGAGCAACUGCUGGACAUCCUGGAUGCCCAGCUGCAGGCCCUGCGGCCCAUCGAGCGCGAGUCGGCGGGCAAGAACUACAAUAAGAUGCACAAGCGAGAGAGAACCUGCAAGGAUUACAUCAAGGCCGUGGUGGAGACAGUAGAUAACCUGCUUCGUCCAGAGGCUCUCGAGUCCUGGAAGGACAUGAAUGCCACAGAGCAGGUGCACACGGCCACCAUGCUCCUGGAUGUCCUGGAGGAGGGUGCCUUCCUGUUGGCUGACAACGUCAGGGAGCCUGCUCGCUUCCUGGCUGCCAAGGAGAAUGUGGUCCUGGAGGUCACAGUCCUGAACACAGAGGGCCAGGUGCAGGAGCUGGUGUUCCCCCAGGAGGAGUACCCGAGGAAGAACUCUAUCCAGCUGUCUGCCAAAACCAUCAAGCAGAACAGCCGCAACGGGGUGGUCAAGGUUGUCUUCAUCCUCUACAAUAACCUGGGCCUCUUCCUGUCCACGGAGAACGCCACGGUGAAGCUGGCCAGCGAAGCAGGCCCGGGUGGCCCCGGGGGCGCCUCCUUGGUGGUGAACUCGCAGGUCAUCGCGGCAUCUAUCAACAAGGAGUCCAGCCGCGUCUUCCUCAUGGACCCUGUCAUCUUCACCGUAGCCCACCUGGAGGACAAGAACCACUUCAAUGCUAACUGCUCCUUCUGGAACUACUCGGAGCGCUCCAUGCUGGGCUACUGGUCGACCCAGGGCUGCCGCCUGGUGGAGUCCAACAAGACCCAUACCACAUGCGCCUGCAGCCACCUCACCAACUUUGCCGUGCUCAUGGCUCACCGUGAGAUCUACCAGGGCCGCAUCAAUGAGCUGCUGCUGUCAGUCAUCACUUGGGUGGGCAUUGUGAUCUCCCUGGUCUGCCUGGCCAUCUGCAUCUCCACCUUCUGCUUCCUGCGAGGGCUGCAGACCGACCGCAACACCAUCCACAAGAACCUGUGCAUCAACCUCUUCCUGGCCGAGCUGCUCUUCCUGGUCGGGAUCGACAAGACUCAGUAUGAGAUCGCCUGCCCCAUCUUCGCGGGCUUGCUGCACUACUUCUUCCUGGCCGCCUUCUCCUGGCUCUGCCUGGAGGGUGUGCACCUCUACCUGCUGCUGGUGGAGGUGUUUGAGAGCGAGUAUUCCCGCACCAAGUACUACUACCUGGGCGGCUACUGCUUCCCGGCCCUGGUGGUGGGCAUUGCGGCCGCCAUCGACUACCGCAGCUAUGGCACCGAGAAGGCCUGUUGGCUCCGAGUAGACAAUUACUUCAUCUGGAGCUUCAUUGGGCCCGUGUCCUUCGUGAUUGUGGUGAACCUGGUGUUCCUCAUGGUGACCCUGCACAAGAUGAUCCGAAGCUCAUCUGUGCUCAAGCCCGACUCCAGCCGCCUAGACAACAUUAAAUCCUGGGCCCUGGGGGCCAUUGCACUGCUCUUCCUGCUGGGUUUCACCUGGGCCUUCGGCCUCCUCUUCAUCAACAAGGAGUCGGUAGUCAUGGCCUAUCUCUUCACCACUUUCAACGCCUUCCAGGGGGUCUUCAUCUUUGUCUUUCACUGCGCCUUACAGAAGAAGGUGCACAAGGAGUACAGCAAGUGCCUGCGUCACUCCUACUGCUGCAUCCGCUCUCCACCUGGGGGCACUCACGGCUCCCUCAAGACCUCAGCCAUGCGGAGCAACACCCGCUACUACACGGGGACCCAGAGCCGAAUCCGAAGGAUGUGGAAUGACACUGUGAGGAAACAGACGGAGUCCUCCUUCAUGGCAGGCGACAUCAACAGCACCCCCACCCUGAACCGAGGUACUAUGGGGAACCACCUGCUGACCAACCCUGUGCUGCAGCCUCGUGGGGGCACCAGCCCCUACAACACCCUCAUCGCUGAGUCAGUGGGCUUCAAUCCUUCCUCGCCCCCCGUCUUCAACUCCCCAGGGAGCUACCGGGAACCCAAGCACCCCUUGGGAGGCCGGGAAGCCUGCGGCAUGGACACCCUGCCCCUGAAUGGCAACUUCAACAACAGCUACUCCUUGCGAAGCGGGGAUUUCCCUCCAGGGGACGGGGGCCCUGAGCCGCCCCGAGGCCGGAACCUGGCUGAUGCUGCUGCCUUCGAGAAGAUGAUCAUCUCGGAGUUGGUGCACAACAACCUGCGGGGGAGCAGCGGUGGGGCCAAGGGCCCUCCACCACCUGAGCCCCCUGUUCCGCCUGUACCAGGGGGUGGCGGCGAGGAAGAGGCAGGCGGGCCCGGGGGUGCUGACCGGGCGGAGAUCGAACUUCUCUAUAAGGCCCUGGAGGAGCCUCUGCUGCUGCCCCGGGCCCAGUCGGUGCUGUACCAGAGUGAUCUGGACGAGUCGGAAAGCUGCACAGCAGAGGACGGCGCCCCCAGCCGGCCCCUCUCCUCCCCUCCAGGCCGGGACUCCCUCUAUGCCAGCGGGGCCAACCUGCGGGACUCGCCCUCCUACCCGGACAGCAGCCCUGAGGGGCCCAGCGAGGCCCUGCCUCCACCCCCACCCGCUCCGCCCGGCCCUCCUGAAAUCUACUACACCUCGCGCCCACCAGCCCUGGUGGCCCGGAACCCCCUGCAGGGCUACUAUCAGGUGCGGCGGCCUAGCCACGAGGGCUACCUGGCAGCCCCAGGCCUUGAGGGGCCAGGGCCCGAUGGGGACGGGCAGAUGCAGCUGGUCACCAGUCUCUGAGGGGACCUCACGGACCAGGGGCUGGUGGCCCAGGCCAGGGAGGGGGAACCCUGGGCAGGCUCUGGUGGGAGAGGGAGACUAAUGGAGGCAGUGGCUGGUGGGCCACUCUCUCCAGGUGCCCCUCGGCUGCGGGCCCUACAGCCCCCUGGGGGCCUGAGGUGCCAGGGUUCACAGACAGGGUUUCCCACCAGCCACAUGCACCAGCUCUAUUUGGGGCAAGUGCAGUGAGGAGGAGCCCGGAAGGCCCCUGGGGAGUGAGGAGGGAGAACCGGAAGGGCGCAGCCACUCCUUGACUCCCCCCCACCCUUCCUACGCCCUGAAGGGACAGGAGGGCUUUGGUUUCCCUGGACAGGGAGGGCAACUUCUGAGGUGGCCAAAGGCCCCCCCUGGAUUGACUGUCAGCUGCUCCUCUCUGCAGCCAGAAACGCUGUGGCUGCAGCAGAAGGGAGCAGUGAGGCAGGACAGACGGACAGGUUCCUCCUGCACUACAGUUUCCUGCCCCCUGGAGACUGGGGCCGAGGGGUAUGGGGGUUGUGGCUCUGCUGGUGGUCUCAAGGUCGGACUUUCUCUGAAGCUCCUUCCCCCUUGCUCUUGGCCCCUGCCUCCCAUGCAAGCCUGUCCCCUCAGUGUCCCCCCUCUCCCCGUGCACCCAAUGACCCCCUCGGGGUGACUCCUGAUGAAGCACAACUCCCCGCAGGGCCUCUAGCCCACAGGGUGGCCAUAUUUGGGCAGUUCCCAGUCCUGUGGGCUUGGCUAUCUGGGGAGCAGAUUUUGGGUCUGGAUCUCCCUGGGGAGUGGGUCCUGGGCUUGGAUCUUUCCCUAGGGGGCCCUCUUACCCCUUCCUCUCUCCUCCUCCUCUUCCCCCAUUGCUGUAAAUAUUUCAACAAAAUGGAAAAGAAAAAAGACAAAAAAAAAGAAAAAAAUCUCAUCACUUGAAGCCACCAGGAGCCUGCGGCCCGGGCCAGCCCGGGCUUUCUCCGGAGCAGAGUGGCACUGCCGGCCCGGCAGCCAGGACUUCUCCGUGUAUGCGUGCAGCCCCAGCCCCAGCUGGGGUGGGCGGGCCACCAGAGCAGCUUUUUACAAUCCAGAGACAGAAAACAAAAUCUAGAUGCAACAGCGAAACAAAGAACCUGUUUCCUUCCCGGCACCUGUUUCUGUCCCCUCCUUUCCUGCUCCACCUGCCCAGCAUCAUCAGCCUUCCUGGGGCGUGUACCUCACUGCCUGCCCCAGGUCCAGAGGCCUGUCUCCCCCUCCCCUCCCCAUCGGCCCAGGGGAGACACCCUCACACCCAAAGAUGCUUUGGCCAAGAUGGCUGCGCUGUCCCUUCAAGUUCCUGCUUCUUGUAUAUUGCUUCGGGGACUCUGGGCUGGGAAGAAGGGGCUGACCUUCCAUCUGGAGAGGUUGACGGUGAAAGGAACAGGAAUUGGGAGGAGCUGGGGUAGUGGAGUGCAUGGGUGUGGCUGAGGAGGGGGUUCCGGAGCGGUGUGGUGCUCUCUGGGGGAGAGGGGGAAAGGUGAGAGAUCACCUUCCCUACCCUCCACCCUCCUGAGGGGGAGACAAAGCCAGGCUACCAGGGUCUGGGGUCAGGACGCCUAUGUUCUGGGGGCUCAGCCCCAAGCCCCCAGGCCCAGGAAGCUCCUGAGCACCUCUCCCAGCCCCAUCCAGCCUGCCAGCCCAGCCCUCCCUGCCCCCCUCCCACUUUCCAGGGGUAGCAUAGCCCCACUGCUACACUAGCCCAGCCCCUCCAUUGCCAUUUCCCCAGGGGUGGCCCCUCCACCUCUGCUCUGACCUUCCCGUCUCUCUUGUCCCCCUCUUUCUCACAAGUGCCAUGAGUUUUCAAACAUCUUUGGGUCUCAGCCUGCUGCUGCCAUGAACUUUGUUAAGGGGGAGGGGCUCAAGGAAGGAACUGGGGGAAGGGGACAGGUAGGUGGCUGGAGAGACCCUUUUUGCUGCUAGAAAGCCCCUCCCUUCUCCUGGGGAGCUGGGGCUGGCUUGUCCCCGUCAAUUAGGGGAGAAGGGGUCAGACCAAAGAUGGUGGUUUGUCCCACAUGGGGAACAGGUGUGGGGAGAAAGCGGGGUUGGGUUCCAUCUCUGGCUAACCCAUUUCACCAGAAGACCAUAGGUGAGGCUGAACAGGGAGGAGACAUGAGGCUGGGGACAGUCUUGCCAGGCCACUCCGCGAAGGCAGGAGACAGCUCCAUGGCCCAUCCUUGACUGCACGAGGCCAGGAGCUCUGUUCUGUGGAGGAGCCCUUAGAGGUCUAUGAAGAGGGGCAGGGGGCUAGGGCAGGUGGAGGAGCUGGCCCGGCCAGCCCACGGCAGCCCCUGACGGCAGGGGGGCAGGGAGUCCUGCACCCUCUCCCUGUCCCGCUCUCCUUUUAUCUCCAUACUCGCAAUCAAGGGGAGAGGGUGCAGCGGGUCCCUUGGCUCCCAUUUUAGCUGGGAUCACCAAGGUGGAUUCCCAGGCCUCAGAGCUGCAUGACAGGGCCCCCUGGUGGGCUGGACGCCACUGCGGUCCAGCACAAAGCCACCCCUGAGAAAGCCCAGGUGUCCCCCCACCCAACCAGACCUGGUGCCUUGAUGCCCCCACCUCAGCUGGGACGGUUCAGAGAAGGGUCUUGGCUUCCUCUCCCACUCCCUUCCUGGGGCUCCUGAAUUCAUCUCCUAAGUUGUGUUCUUUUUCGCCAGACUUUUUCUUUUGGCUUUCCCCUGCCUUCCCUUUCUUGCGUCUCCACCUCUUUCCUUGUGUCUUUCUCGCUGUCUCUGCGUUCCUCUUCUCUCAGCCUCAAUUUCUCUCUGUCCAUUCGGGCCUCCUCUCCUGCUCCCACGUCCCAGUCCCUCCCUCCUCAGUCUCCUUUUCGAUAUGCCAAACCAAUUUUGGGUCGAGUGCAUUUAACGAGAACAAACAAAAGGCUCAUAACAACAAGAACGUUUCAGAAAAAAACAAAAAGUUUUAAAAAAAUUGUUGAGUCAAAAAGUCAAACAAUAAAGAAAUUAAGAUUUCUUGGAACGA